AUGGCCGACGAAAAGAUCGAAAACGUCCUCUUCCUCGGUAGAGUCCAUUGCUAUGCCGUCCCACCUCUCACUGCAAAUAAGGGCUACAAAGCCGCUGAAUGGCGCAUCGAGGACCCCAAGUCCAUUAUUUUCACAGCUCGUAUUCGCGUCAUAGAAACCUCCGAUAUCGACGGCGGAAAUGUCAAAACCAAUAUCAAGCUAGAGGACCCUGAAUCUGGCGAGUUGUUCGCCAAUGGUCCGUAUGAGGGCCCAUAUUGUGUCUCUCCGGUGACCGACUCUUCCCGCUUUUUUGCUGUGCGCGUCGUAGACGGAGCUCGUCGUGCCUAUCUAGGAAUUGGUUUCGAGGAACGAUCCGAUGCAUUUGAUUUCAACGUAUGCCUGCAAGAAGUUCGUAGGCAUAACAAUCUGGAAGACCAGCACGGUGGCCCUGCAAACAAUUUGGCCACUGGAAAAACUUCUUAUGGGACUGGUAGAAAUGCAGCAGCCCUCGGCCAACCCGCAAAACCCUCAUCGGUGGCUGCUGCCGUCUUGCAUGCGCCACCAAAGGACUACUCGCUAAAAGAUGGCGAAACGAUAAAUAUAACUAUCGGGAAUAAGGGGAGACGUAGACCCCCAACUUCUCCCACACCUGCGUCAGACUCCACCAACGGUUUUCCGUUACCUUUUCUGCCGCCGCCACCCACUGCCGAUGCUGUAAAGAAAAAGAGACAGAGCAUGACAGAAAUCGAAAUGGCAGCAGAGUCUGCAUUCGUUGGCAUCCCUGCCCCCCCUACGUCUACAAGGAUAACUGGGUUCGACGACGAGUUUGGCGACUUUGUUUAA